UGUCAAAUACCCAGAAAAAUGAAGUCAAGAUCAGUGAGCGCUAGCGCUGAAGCUGGCAGAAUGAUGAAUAGUCCUGAAUAAUGAAGAAUGAUUUAUCCUGUGAUUGUUCUGAUGUCUGUACACAGGAGACGGAGAUCCUGAACACGGCCGUGCUCACCGGCAGGACUGUCGCCAUGCCUAUCAAAGUGGUCACCGUGGCAACGGAUGGGGCUGUAACUGAUGUGACCGAGUCCGUGGAGUGUCAAUCGAUGGAUGAUGACGUUGUUAAGUGCAGAACAAGUUACAUGCAUGCAGAUUGCAUCUCAUUCUUGUUAGUCUAUACUGAGGGUUUGAUUUUCUCUGCACAGGUGUCUGAGAGGUGCGACUAUGUGUAUGUGAACGGGAAAGAGACAAGAGGGAGGGUGAGGAUGAUGUUGAACUUCACUUACAACUACCUGAGCGCCCAGCUGGAGGUGAGUGUAUGGAUGCCCCGCCUCCCACUGCAGAUUGACAUGGCCGACCCCGAGCUCAACCAAAUCAAGGGAUGGAGGGUCCCCGUCUCCGGGGGCAACCAGAGGUCUGCAGAUGAUGAUGAAGAUGAAUUGAGCAGGCGGGACCGAGGUUGUGGUCCACAGUACCAGAGCACCACUGUACGUGUCCUCACACACUUUGAGGCAGAGCCAGGGGAGGGGCGGGGCCAGCCGGACUUCCUGCUAGGCAGUGAUUGGCAGGUGGAUGUGACAGAGUUGGUGAAGGAUUUAUUGAAUGUGGAGGACUCACGAGUGGCCAAAAUCACAGACGGAGCAACGCUGACAGGGCUGAACAUUGGAACCACCAAAGUCCAGGUGAGUCUCCAAAACUCACUGUUUACUUGCAGCUGUCUGCUCUCUCGCUUCUCCCAGGUGAUGUCCCCCUUAUCGGAUUCAGUCCUGGCAGAGAGGACGGUGAGAAUUCUGGAUGAUAAAGUGAGCAUUACGGACCUCGGUGUGCAGCUGGUGUCAGGCCUCUCGCUGUCCCUGCAGCUCAGUCCAGGCAGCAACAGGGCCAUUGCAGCCACAGCCACCACCCAGGACACCAUGCAUAACCCCAAACAGGUACACAUCAUUUGUUGUUCAGAGUCCCUUGUCAGCGCUUGGCUGCACUUCAGUGACGGCUCUGUGACGCCUCUUGACCUUUAUGACCCUGCACACUACAUGCUGACAGCCAUGUCCUUGGAUGAGCGGGUGGUCUCUGUUCAGAGGGCCAUGUGGUGGAGGUCGCCAGUGGUGGUGGUGAAAGGUGAAGGUCAGGGCACACUGUUGCGCAUUGAGAUGUCUGGAGCCGAUUCGUGCCAGAAAAGCAAGCGCCGUAACGUUCUGGCUUCAGUUAGCGCCAAUGUUCGCGUCAAGUUUAGCCGUAAUGAUGAUGGUGACAGCAGGAGGCACAGACCCAAUUCCCUGAACAAUGGUGACUCCAUUUCAGAGGCAGGGAUGGUCAACAGAGGAGCCACGACAAUUAAAACAGGUGCUCCUUUUGGAGAUAAGCGCCCAAUCGAAGACAUUCCUGCAGAUUUCUCAAACUUUCCAGCACAGGCCGAACUUCCGCAUGGACGCACCACAGAGGAGGAGUUGUUACAAGCCCGGCGUGGCCUGACAGACCUUGAGAUUGGCAUGUAUGCCCUACUGGGAGUCUUCUGCCUGGCCAUCUUGGUGUUUCUCAUCAAUUGUGUCUCCUAUGCCCUUCAGUAUCAAAACAAACAGCUCCCCCUGGAGGGCCAGGAGAGCAUGGCGCAUGCUCAUGACUGGGUGUGGUUAGGGCAUGAAGGUGAGCUAAUGGAGAACCAUGCCGGCUUGUGCCUACAGCAGGAUGAGCUCAGUGCCACCAUGGACUCCAGCCUGGGUCUAGAGGAGGCCAGCCAGCUCCUCAAUGGUCUCCUGGGUCAGAAAAGUACUCAAGGUCAGGGAGGACGGGAUCACAAGAGCGAGACGGGAAACUCACCCACCACCAAGAGGAAACGGGUCAAAUUCACCACUUUCAGCCACUCCAAGCCGAGCAAUGACUGCCUGGGUAACAGCCCACUAGGUCUUGGGAAAAACGAUAUCCAGUGGGUUUGCCCAGACAUCGAGCUUGGGGACUCCAUAGAGCUCCGGAACUACAUGGAAAGGCUGAACGAGAAUGCCACGAAGAAUGUCGCAUAGCACUUCAUGAUUCUGGCACUCAAUUAUGUGUUUUGGAGCAGAGUGUAGCUUCACCCAUAUGCCUUCAGGGUAAAGGAGUGGGGCGCCGACCGGCUCACAUCUCACCAUAAAAAGACAGGUCAUUCAUCAGGUCUUGUUUCCAUGGCAACUGUCACAAGGUGUUCAUCAUUAGGAUUGAAGGCCAACAGGGAUGGUUGUGAAACUGCAGAGAACUAUAUAUGUAUACAUACAUACACACAUACAUACAUUCAUUUGUACAAACUCGCUAUAAGAAAUGCAUUUUUUCCUGUAUUAAAGAUACAUUUUUUGUCAUUCUAUAUUUCUUUGACAUAUUGUUUUUUCAUAUUCUGUGAAUAUUGGAAAGAAUUAAUGUGCACACAUUUCAAGGACUGACUCUGAGACGAAUCCAUAAAUCAACAGACUUGUAUAUAAAGUGAACAUUUGCCGGUUGGAUGAGGUAAGAACUUUUUUAAGUAAGGUUUUACAUAUUUUUAUACAUCCCUGUUCCUGUACAUGUUGUAGCCUGUCAAUGUUUUGUCCAAAGACUCUCAUACAUUGGUUUAAAGCUGCUCUAAGCAACUUUUUUCUUUUAAAGAUAGCUGUCAAUAAUAGAUGCUCUAAGAAAAAAAAAGUUCUAAAAAUGAGACAACCCAGUGCAGUCAUUCUGAAAGCUUCCCUGAGGAGGCAGUCUUCA